AUGAAGUUGCUUUUCCAGGAUGUAGUUGUCUGUCCUGAGUCUUUUUUUCGUUUUUGUGGUUCACUGAGUGAUAGCAAUGAUGCGUUGUUCUACCCGUCAGCUCUUUCCUUCUUUGUGGUUAUCUUAAAAAACAAUACAAGAUUAGUUAUGGAUGUGAGACCGAUACAGGAGAAGGUCUUGAAGGCAGUUGAAAAUGAAAUUCAGGACGCUCUUGGAACAAAUGUGAAUUUGGCAGCUCAGUGGAUAACUGCUGUUGGCCUUGCGGACUCAAACUGUACAUUCGCGAUGAACACAGAGUGGUAUAAGCCAUCGUUGAUUAUUACUGGCCUUUUAUAUCACGAUCGUGGAGCUGGUUUGCGAAAGUGGGUUCAAGAGUAUGCCGAUGAUGCUUCGAAGGAUGAUUUCUUGAAGUUCUUAUGGGACUUUGUGCAGGAUACAAAAGAACACUUUGAUGAGAUUUCCUCUGGGCUCUUUGCGAGGAUUUCUGCAGCGCCGCCUAAAUCGACAGUUUAUUGGUUGCACGGCGCCUACAGUGUCUUCAGCAGUGCUGAGCAGUUGUUCUCGGUCGUUCGUUCAAAAACAAACUCAAAAGGGAGCAGACAUGAUGCUGAAGUUGAGUGCCAUCGACGUGCCUCUUCAAAUUUGGCCCUGUAUAGUCGCCUGGUUCUGUUUAUGAUGGAUUACGAUGUUCUUCCCGAAAGCGUUAAUUAUGGGAAUGUAAAGUCAAAAUUGAGACAAGACAUUGAGGAACGUUACUCCAGAGUCAGCUCUUCAGGAAAGCAGUUGUUUAUACACGAACUCAUCGAAGAAAUAAAAAGGUUUGGAAAGGAUGAAGGUUUUUGGGUAAAUGAAGAUCCAACUUCUUUGUAUCCUCCGAAAACAUUAUUGCAUCUACUUGAACCUAUACUCGCAUUGCAAAUCACGUACGCAGCAAAACUGAAACUGAUGGGCUACUUUUUCUUGGACUACGAUUCUGUGACUAAUAAAGAAACGUUUGCUCGCUUUCGUUAUACGUUCUUGGUUAACGACGUUUACCUUGCGGACCAGAUUGUUUCAAGACACAAAGCAGACUGCACUGAGAACAUUUCAUUUUUGCUGGAAUUGUUCUAUGAUAAAAUUUGUUUAAAGUGCUUAGGGGAGCAUGUCGACGAAUGCGAUGGUCCACGGCCAGUUAGUCUCGAGCCUGCUGACAAUCCAACACCAGAAAUGAAAGAUGAGAAAUGGAAGAACGUUUGUGACCAGUGGGCUAAACGGUUUAUAAGAGACAUUCCUCGUUUCCAAUCGGAUCAUUUGCAACUUACUGCAGCUGAGAAAUGUAGAAAUGGGGAGCUUACGUAUAUUACGGGACCUCGCAUAAGGAGGCGGACAACACUGCAUGAAACGCUUGCGGAAUUCAGAAGCGCUAUAGAACUUCGUAAAAGAAGGGCAGAAACAAGUGAACUUAGUCCGGAAAGGAAAAUUAUGCACUUAUCAGGCUCUGAUACCAUUUUGUCGCCCACUUAUCGAAAGCCAAGCCCAGUUGGAGAUAAAGAUGCAAUGCAGUUAGAGAGAAUUUUACCUAAGGAAAAUUUGGAACGAGUGCGCCGGAUUCUGCAAACUCCACCUUCCGCUAGGAGGUUAGAUCGUUUCAGUACAACUGGCUCCCCACGAAGUUUGGAAUCGACUCCAGAACCGAUGCCUGUCCCUCAGCCUACCUCAAUUCUGAAGAGCGGGGCAAAAAGGCGACUUCACAAAGACAGUGAAACUGGUAUCCAGCCUCGACUAAGAUUCACUCUUCCGGAUUUGGAUUUGGAUAGGUUCAUUGCCGGUUCUGAGCAAACGGCUGACACCAUCGGAGAAAGGUCUUUAGAGGUUCAAAGUGAAAAUGAACUUCUAGAAAGUCAGGUUUCAAUAGAAAAAGAAAAGGAAAACCAGCUGGAUUUGGUUCCAGAAAACCCUGAUGAAGUCGCCCAGGAACAGACGUCUGAAAUUACAGAAACUUUUGAGGGUGUAGAGGCAAAUGAUGCAUCGAGCUUUGCGGACUUCGAAGAGAAGGCUCCCUUUCCCGGUGGAUCAACUCCUCUGAAAACUAAAAGAAUUUCCAAGGAAUCUUCUUACGAAAUAACGGUCGGGAUACCUUUAGGAAACGUCAGUGAAGGAACAGGAGGUUGUAAUGAGCCUAAGACUGCGGUGAACGAAAGGCCCUCGAAAGAUUCAGAAGGGACUGAUGUUGCGAGGGAGUCGGUUUUAGAGAAGCCAAACCGUAGGAAGCCUCAUAGACCCUCGAGAGACGUACCUGCUUUAUCUACACCUGAGCUUACUUCAAAAAGUUUUAGUCCUCGUAUUCCAUCCAGGUCUAUUAAGCGCACACGUCGUGCUACUUCGGAAGAUCCAAUCGAUUCUCCAGCAUUUUCUACGAGAAUGAGAAGCAAAAAACGUUUAGUAGCUUCUGAUGAUGAGUCAGUCCCGUCGUCAGAGACGCGUAGACUUCCGACCAGCGCUGGAAAGAAUACAGUUGCUACUACUUCUGAAGUAGUUAAAGGCGUAGAGGGAAAUUCCAUGGAGUUCCAGUUUAGAAGCAGUUUAGCAAGAGAAGAGGUAUCAUUAAAUGAGAGUGGUAAAAACUACGUAGGCUUAAAACCGGAAGAACCAAGUGGAGUUGCUUCUGUGAAUCAGUUAGCUAGAGUUGAAAACGCAUUUGAGAUUGCACCAAAAGAUCCCGUGGUGUCCGUAGGCCCCGAGGGAGAAAUUCGUAUUGAUAGCGCACCUCGAAUCCAAAGAAUAAAGAAGACUAGUGAAGAAACUUUAGUAGCACUUGCUACAUCCGUGGAAAACAGCACCGUUAACGAAGGAAGUAGCUCUUGCAGACUUUCUGCAGGAGCAAGUUCCGUAGAAGAUUCGGAGAAACCUGACGCUGCAAAAAAGCCAGGUACAGAGAAGCGGAAACGUGGAAGACCGAGCAGUCCAUCAAGAACCACACGUUCUGUUUCUGUUUCGUCAACAGCUUCAGCCCCUGAGACUACUCCAAGACGUUCCAGUUCACGUAUUGCAACUAGGUCUACGGAACGCACACGUCGUGCCAUUUCUGAAGGUCCAGCUGACUCUCCAGCAGUUUCCACCACGAAAGGACGUAAAAAACGUCUAGCAGCUUCAGAUGAUGAAUCUAGUUCAUCAUCGGAGCCUCGCAAAUCUCGCAUUCGUGCUGGAAGGAAAACUAUUAAUCAGGUGCUUACAACUAUUGAAGAAGAAAAGCCGGUGCCAGUACGAAGUUCAUCACGCACGAGAAAGACUCCAACGAGGUAUCUGCCUUGA